CACUUCCGGCAGCCUGGGGUCAAGAACUGUAGCCGCUUCUGGCGGGGAAGGCUGCCGCCGGGAGCAUGCUGUUGCGAGCUGCUUGGAGGCGGGCGGCAGCGGCCCUUCCCGCCGCUCCCGGGCCGAGAUCUGCGGCGCCCACUCGGGGGCUGCGCCUGCGUGUUGUAGACCAUGCUCCCCAGUCUGCUGUUCCCUCAGAUACAGCCACUGCUCCGGAGGAGCCAGGGCUGCGACCUCUGUAUAUGGAUGUGCAAGCUACAACUCCUCUGGACCCUCGGGUGCUUGAUGCCAUGCUCCCUUACCUAGUCAACUGCUAUGGGAACCCACACUCCCGGACACAUGCUUAUGGCUGGGAGAGUGAGGCAGCCAUGGAACAUGCUCGACAGCAAGUAGCAUCUCUGAUAGGAGCUGACCCUCGUGAAAUUAUUUUCACUAGUGGUGCUACUGAAUCCAACAACAUAGCAAUAAAGGGGGUGGCCAGGUUCUAUAGGUCACGGAAAAAACACUUGGUCACUACACAGACUGAACACAAAUGUGUCUUGGACUCCUGCCGUUCGCUGGAAGCUGAGGGCUUUCGGGUCACCUACCUCCCAGUGAAGAAGAGUGGAAUCAUCAACCUGGAGGAACUUGAGGCUGCCAUCCAGCCAGAUACCAGCCUGGUCUCAGUCAUGACUGUGAACAAUGAAAUUGGUGUGAAGCAGCCCAUUGCGGAAAUAGGACGGAUUUGCAGUUCUAGAAAGGUAUAUUUCCAUACUGAUGCAGCCCAGGCUGUUGGAAAAAUCCCACUUGAUGUCAACGACAUGAAAAUUGAUCUCAUGAGUAUCAGUGGUCACAAACUCUAUGGUCCCAAAGGGGUUGGUGCCAUCUACAUUCGCCGCCGGCCCCGUGUGCGUGUGGAAGCCCUGCAGAGUGGAGGGGGGCAGGAGCGGGGUAUGCGGUCUGGGACAGUACCCACACCCUUGGUGGUGGGCCUAGGGGCUGCAUGUGAGGUGGCACAGCAAGAGAUGGAGUAUGACCACAAGCGGAUCUCAAAGUUAGCAGAACGGCUGAUACAGAAGAUAAUGAAGAGUCUUCCAGAUGUAGUGAUGAAUGGAGACCCUGAGCACCAUUACCCAGGCUGUAUCAAUCUCUCCUUUGCAUAUGUGGAAGGGGAGAGUCUGCUGAUGGCUCUCAAGGAUGUCGCCUUAUCUUCAGGGAGUGCCUGUACUUCUGCAUCCCUUGAGCCUUCUUAUGUCCUUCGAGCAAUUGGCACAGAUGAGGAUUUAGCUCACUCUUCUAUCAGGUUUGGCAUCGGCCGUUUCACUACAGAGGAAGAAGUGGACUACACAGCAGAAAAGUGUAUUCACCAUGUAAAGCGUCUUCGAGAAAUGAGCCCUCUCUGGGAGAUGGUGCAAGAUGGUAUUGACCUCAAGAGCAUCAAGUGGACCCAACACUAGAAGAAUGGAACUCUUGACUUUGUGCUGGCCUGGCCCCUCCUGCCUCACUGACCCAUGCACAUCUGGGAUCCUUUUUAUAUUAGUGGCUACCCCAUGUUCAGACCAAAAUUGCUGUACCCCUGUUGACUUCAGCAUCAGCCCAUCUCCAACACAGAAAUACAGAACUAUCUUACCUCUGACUCAGUGGGGAACAACGCUCACCAUUUUGCUCCAGGAGUCCUUGUCUGGUCUUACAGUGGGUAGAUGUUCUCAUCCUGAGACAUUUGGACAUUUGUUACAAUAUUGCUGUAUGCUUGGUGAGGAGAACCAAAGGAAUUGGGAAAAAGACCCCAGUGCUCUACAUGGACAUUUGAGUUGUCUCUUACUGCUGCUCAGUGAAACUGACUCCUUCAGGAACAAGCUUAAUCAACUAUAAUUUAAUCUUUUUGUGGUUCCCAAGGGCACCACUUCAUAUUGACUGCAGACCAAACAGCAAGUUUCUCAGAAGGCUUGUCUCCUUUAUGUUUUUUAUGUCCUUUCUUUUCACCUAACAUCUAGAAAUAUCUAUAUGACUAUAUUCAUUGUUCUAAUAAAUUAUAUUUCCUUUAAAAAUUAAUUUUUAGAUUAGAGAAAUAAAAUCACCUUUCUUUGUUUACACUGACUUUAUGAGAGGCUCAGGGAAAAUUCCCAGCUACGAUUGGGAAUUCUGAAGCAAACUACCUAUCACUACACUUGAUAUACAUAGAUGUCUCAGUCUGUUUGCAUAACCAUUCAUUUACCAUUUAUUUAAGUGCCUGUCAAGAGGCUGACAUUAUUCUGGGUUUUGGGGGCAGGGUGGUAUACUGGUUAACAGUAUCAAAAGGGCACUGACCUCACUGAGCUUUCAUUUAGUGGAGAAAUAGAAAAUAAAAAGUAGGGGCCUCCCUUGUGGUGCAGGGGUUAAAGACAGCACUAUCAAGCUAUUGCCAGCCACUGCAGCACGAGUUUGAUCUCCGGCCGGCCAGGGGGCAACACACAUGGCGAGUCAGACCUCUCCUCUCUCGCCCGCUGCUCCCUUCAGCAGUGUAUUUCAGUAGAUAUGCCUGUUCUGCUCCCCAUUGUCUCUGGUGAAUCCUCUCACCCCCCGUACCUCUGGCUUAUACCCCAGUUAUUACAUGCAUAAAUAAAUCUUGAAAAAGAAAAAAAAAAUAGUAAAUAAGGCUAUUCAAUAUUGUGAUGAGUGCUGAAAAAGAGAGUCAUGAGAGGAAAUGCAAGAAAGA